AUGUCGAUCAAAGCAUUAUCUGGAAAAGUAUUUCUGCUAAUAACUGGUGCAAGUCGUGGAAUCGGAAGACAAAUUGCAACAUCCUUUGGUUCUGUCCUACAGGAAGGUUCUCAUAUUCUCUUACUGGCAACAAAUUUAAAUGCUUUGAAAGAAUCUGCUACUUAUAUUCCUCCUAGUAUAUCUGUUGACACUGUGAGUGUUGAUCUGGGCAAAGCAACAAAAGAUGAAUUACAUAGUAUCAUAAUGCAAUCUAUAAAAAAUAAGAGGCAAAAAGAGUUUGAUCGAGUGGUCAUAGUACAUAAUGCUGGUACAACAGGAAAUGUUACUGAAUCUACAAAUGAUAUGACUGACAUAAAUGCUUGGCGCAAUUAUUUUGAUAUAAAUGUUUUUAGUCCAGCUAUAUUAAAUGGAGUUGUUAUGAAAAUAUUUAAUGAGGAAACAAAUACUGAAAAAAAAAUUAUAAAUAUUACUUCAUUGUUUGGUAUACAGGCAGGAAAAGGAGUAGGUUAUUAUUGUACUGGAAAAGCAGCACGGGAAAUGUUUUUUAAGGUGUUCGCUUUGGAAAAUCCACAAGUCGAUGUAUUGAAUUACUCGCCAGGACCAGUUCAAACUGACAUGUUCCAGCAUAUUUGUGAUGAAGUGGGUAACCAAGAAACUAAGAUACAAUUCAACGAUAUGGUUAAAAAAGCAUCUGUCUUGACAUGUGAACAAACAGUUAACCGACUUUUAAGCGUUCUUAAAAACCGUAAAUAUAAAUCAGGCGAUCAUGUUGACUAUUUUGAUGAAAUAUAAAUUAUAUACAAUAUAUUGAUUCAAAUCAGCGUUUUUCAAAUCAAGAUCCGCAAACAAAAAAAGAAAAAACAUACGUGCAAUAAGAAAACUGCUUCCUAUAUUUUAUUCUUAUUAAACUAGAGCACAAAAAAUUGGUGCUUCUUUUUGAUCUUUUUGUUGAGAUGCAAGUUUAAUAACUUUUUCAUAUUUACUUUUUAACUAAAACUAUUCACAUUGAAUCACAAUUUGAAACAUAAAUAUCAGUAUAAUACAUUCUUUUAAAAAACAGUUCGAGAUCAUGUCUGCUAAGAAUUUCCCUUCAUUGAUGGAUCAUUGAGAAGGUACAGUUUGAAAAACACUGAUUAAAAUUAUUCACAUUCCAAUUGUCGUAACUUAUAAACACAGUAUAUGUAAAUGUGUACUUAAAAAACUACUUCAGGUGAUUGAUUAAAGUUACAAUAUUUUA